UAUAUAUAUUUUUGGAAGUUAGAGAUAGGGUUCAUACUAUCCAACUGUUGAUGAUAUUUCUGAAAAAAAUAGGUCCCUUCAUUUUUGUUGUAGGGUAUAUGAGAUUGAUUUGUAUUGAAAUAAAAUCAAAGAAAAUCAACAACAAAUAACCACGGACAAAGUGUCAUGUUACGCGUAGUUAUCAAGACAACGUCAUUUAUACUUUAAAUUUUACGAAUUUCAAAAUAAAUGUAUUGAAGCAUGCAUCAUGGUGUUAAUGCAUAAAAAUGUGGUUCUGAGGAGGAUUUUGGUUCACAUAGAUUAGGGACCGAUCAUACGUAAAGAUGGUUGGAUGCUGCUUUUUUUAUUUUUUAUUUAUUUAUUUUUAAUUGGAAAGUUAAAUUUAACAUUAAAAUUGAAGAAAAGAUACAGCCCAGAAGUUAGCCCUAUGCUAACUCAUAAAAGCUAUACAAACAUAGCCCAGAGGGCCCAAUGGUUGGAAGCUGUUGUGAUAAAGCAAAAGUUAUGAAAAUUCACGAAGAAAUACUAAUUAAUUUUGAAUCCAUAAUGUGAGAAUUUUUUUUUUUUUUUAGAGAAAGUUGAUAUUGCAUUGAGAAUUGAACGUGUGAUUAUGCUCUCUAUGGUACUUGUAUUUAUAAUGAAAAAAAAAUCCUAAAUCAUAACAAAAUUAACAACAUUUGAAAACAUUAUAACAAAGGAAAUCUAAUAUCAAAGCAAACUAACACUAAAAAUAAGUCUAAAUAUCAACUUACUCCAAAAAUUACAAAAAAAAAAAAAAAAAAUAGAAUACUAAAUCCAAUCUAUAAAAACUACUGAAUAAAUAUAAAAAAAAUAAAAAUUACUAAAUAAAGAAAUUCAGAACAAUCUGAGCCCGUUUAGGCCACAAACGAAAAUCUCAAAAUAAUAAACAAUUCUUCUAGAGAGAAAGCAUAUACCAUCAGAUUAGAGCCUCAUGGUUAAUUGAGAUUUUUUUUAUUUUUUUUUUACACUUCUUUGAAUUGCAAGUGUUGAGUGACAAGCGACCGAUCAUUAACUUAUAGUUUUACCUUUCAAUUGUAUUUAAUAUUUUAAGUGGUACUUAUACUGUGCUAUCAAAUUCAUAACACUUAAUUUAAUCAGAAUUAAGCAUUGAACCAGUAUUAAUUAACACUAAAGGCUGGUUUUUUUGUUUGUUUGUUUGUUCUUUUUUUUUUUUUUUUUUUUUUUUUUUUUUUUGAUAUUUAAAUAUUCACAUACUCACCCACAAAUGCCUACUAUGAGCGCGACUGUUAAGAUUUGGGUUCCCUUCUCACAUGAAACCUGAAUUUUUUUUCCAUGACAGGUCACGCAACCUGAAUUUCGGUCCCUUCUCACAUGUAAAUUGCAAUAUUCUCAGGGACCGAAACCUGAAUUUGGGUUACCUUCUCACAUGUAGAACGAUUAUUAUGCCUGGCUCGUCAGUCCUCAUCUAUAAAAGAGAGAGGCAGUGUAUAACAAUUAUGUAAUAAGAAAAUGUUUGUAUUUGUGUCUAGGGUAACUAUGAGUCAUGUGAACAAGAAAAUGAACUUGCUGCCCAUUUGGGUCCUUUUUCUGCUCAUCCUAUGGUUCUCUGCCGCGGCAAUGGCAGCUAAGACGAUCAUACCACGCCGGGUUAGAUGCCGGUCUAUUGGGUAUUCAGGUUGCUUUAAUAUCUGGUUCUUGUGCCCCGUAGCUUGUCCCAAAAACUGUCUGUUGGACUGUGUCGCUUGCAGGCCAGUUUGUAGUUGCAAUUAUCCUGGUGCCAUUUGUGAGGACCCUCGCUUUGUAGGUGGAGAUGGCAUAACCUUCUACUUCCAUGGCCGCAAAGAUCAAGACUUCUGCCUAGUUUCCGACACUAAUCUCCACAUCAAUGCCCAUUUCAUCGGCAAGCGAAACCCUAACCUCAAGAGAGACUUCACUUGGGUGCAAUCAAUUGGAAUCAUUUUCAACAAUCAAAAGCUUCUUGUCGCGGCUAAACAGACAUCAAUGUGGGAUGACAAAACCGAUCACCUUGCCAUAUCCUUCAACGACAUGCCCAUCUCCCUCCCCGCCAGUGAAGGCUCCAAGUGUGAUUCACCGAUAGCACCACUUGUCAGCAUCACGCGAACAAGCGCCAUGAACCAUGUCAAAGUUGAGGUUGCUGAUAAUUUUAUGGUUAAUGCAGCGGUGGUUCCAAUCACAGCAGAAGAGUCAAGAGUGCAUGGAUACAAUAUAAGUGACGAGGAUUGCUUCGCUCACUUGGAGCUAGGGUUUAGAUUCUAUAAUCUUAGUGAUAUUGUGGAUGGAGUUCUAGGUCAGACUUAUAGGACUAACUAUGUGAGUAAGGCUAAGGUCAAUGUUCCAAUGCCUGUAAUGGGUGGUGUGCAUAAGUUCUCAUCUUCUAGCAUCUUUGCUACGGAUUGCUUAGCAUCUAGGUUUGGUUGGCAUGCUGUGAUGAAGGAUCGCGCCAAACCGUAUUCGAGCUUGCAGUGUGGGAUGAAUGGAAAUGGGAUGGUUUGCAAGAGAUAGAGAACUCUCAUUCUAGAGGCAUUAGAAUAAGCUGUAAACCAAGCCCUCUCAAUUUACUACUAAAUUUACUAGUUGCAAGGGUAUUGUACGUUGAAGUCUUAUGUAGUGUCUCACACAAAUAAAUAAAUAUAU